GAAUGAACAAUAUAUAAAUUUUAAUUGUGUAUAACUAUUUACGUUAUGAUAUUCAAUCCUGUCCAUUGUUUUGUCACGAUGAGUCACUUCUUCAACGCCCACACUUGUUCACAUUACGCAUGCGUCGGUGCACGACCGCUAUUCGAAUCUUGACUCCGGAGUUUUUUUUUAAAAAUUUCAUCAUAAUAUUCCGUGUCAUUGAAUGUAGUUUGAGAAGAUUUGACUAAUAUGCAUACAUUUUUGAAAUAAGCUCGUAUUAUUUUCUUACUUAUACUAAGUACUUAUUGUCAUCCAAUUUCAAGGUGGUCGUGCCUCGGAUUUGGUUGUUAAAUAAUGUCUCUUAUAAUUGAAACGUUAAUAUUACUCGCGUUAAUAACUCACUCUAUGAAUAUUGAUGUAGAUUAUUUUAUUGAUCAAGAUGAUACGUCGGAUACGCCGCACGCUGUAACUAAUUCAUCGGAUGCUCGUAGAACAUUGGAAAACCACCAUUUAACUAAAGCCAAUGUCUCUAGCAGUAAAAGUUUGUUUAAUGAUUUAAAAAAAGCUGACGAUGAGGUGGAAGAUGAAAUGAUAUUAUCGUAUAACGUUGCACCACACCUUGGAUUAACAGUUGCAGCAAAAGAAAAAAUUAAAUUAUCAGUAGGCGGCAAUCAUACAAAUCUUUUAACAACAAAAUGUAAACAAAUUUCUACCCAGUCUACUUUGUCGUUAAAUUUAAACUCAUUUGAUGAAUAUGAUUACAAAUACAGCAAUGAUACAGAUGAAAUUGGUUCACUACUAUUACGACAACAAAUUGUAGAAGAAAAGUUGGCAAGUCCUCCAAACAAAACUGAAACUGACACUCCGUUCGGAAAAUUUUAUAAUUUGGAACCUGCCGUAAAUCAAGACAUCAAUAUUAUUUAUAACAGACAAACAUUUAAUAACACUUGGUAUGUUCCACAAGAUUUUCCGUGUUGGGAAUUGCCUAUCUUGUAUGGAGAAUUAGGAUCGAAAAAGAAAAAGGAAAACAUUUUUCUCAUUCAUGGGGGAAAUUUGGUUAACGUAAAAGAAACCACGAUUGAAAAACUAACUAACUAUAAACCAGUGGAACCGCCGAUAUCGCGUGUUGUUAAUAAAUGGUGUGAAGUUGAACCAUGUUACGGCGACCAUACCCUUUGUUUAUUUCCGAAGAUAGUUAUCUCAAAUAUAUGCGAUAAGGAGUACAAAGUGCACGUGCCAAGUAUUUUAGACCAAGCUGCAGUAGUAAACACAAUUAAUACUAUGCGAAAUCAUAUCGCAAAUGGCGUAUCAAAGAGGUACUCCCAUCUACCUUCUGCUGCAAACAUGAAACAAAUAACAUAUGAUUAUGAUUUAGAAGAAAUGGCUCAAGCGUGGUUACGCCAAUGCCUGCCAGGUUCAGCUCCGUGUUCGGCUCUCGAUGAAAAUUUAGUAGCUCACUUAGAGUGUACUAAAUACGCAAAAUACUGUUGUCCGAAAAAUUCAAAGAGUUUUUUUAAAUGGUAAUUUGAGGUCAUAUAUUCUCGACUUCUUGAUUUCAUUAGAUUUUUCAUCACAUUAAAUUCUAUUUUCUUUCUUUCUCAGUACACCCCGGCCUGAAUGCUACGUAUAUCCAAUUAUUGGUUGCAUCCACAUUUGGUUUUCUAGUGCAGGAAAACAUUUAACUGAGCGAGAUGUUCGAUGUGGUCGAAGUACGGUAU